AUGCACGCAAGAACGCGCGCGUGUUCUCAUGUUCAGAUCAGUUAGUUAGUUGGAGUCUCGUCUGUUCUCUACGAUCGACGAAACUAUGAACAACACAUAGAUUAUAUACUUAACUGCGCAGAGCGUCUCCUUUGAAGGAUUUUGAGAUGAAGAAAGACAUUGAUACACUUAUAGCUGAAGAACGGGCUGAGAUCAUCGCAAAAUAUGAGAAGGGCAGGCAGGAGGGUGUGCACAUUAACUCCUGGGAGGAUGCCGACUACAACAUCUUCAAAUUCACAGAUCGCCUUGGUUUCCUGCAUGAAGAGGAACUGCCAAUUCCAACCGCAAUUGAAGAGAAGUGCAAGCUCCUGGAAAUUGAAAGAGUUGAGAAAUGGCUUAAAAUGGUGAAGAAGUGGGAAAAGUACCACAACAGCGAAAAGAUGAUGAAGCGGGUGUACAAGGGGAUUCCCAUGCAGCUGCGCGGGCAGGCCUGGGCUCUGCUGCUAGACGUGGAUAAUGUGAAGCAGGCCAACUUCAGGAAGUAUGAGAAAAUGAAGGAACAAGCCAAAAUGUACUCAACUGAAAUUAAGCAGAUUGAUCUUGAUGUCAACAGGACCUUUAGAAACCAUAUCAUGUUCAUGGACCGCUUUGGAGUCAAACAGCAAGCCCUGUUUCAUGUGCUGGCAGCUUAUUCCGUCUACAACACGGAAGUGAGCUACUGUCAGGGGAUGAGCCAGAUUGCUGCAAUAUUACUCAUGUACAUGAAUGAGGAAGAUGCAUUCUGGGCCUUAUCACAGCUUCUGACCAAUGGGAAACAUGCCAUGCACGGGUUCUUCAUUCCAGGGUUUCCCAAACUGCUGCGUUUUCAGGCUCAUCAUGACCAAAUACUGUCAAAACUCCUCCCAAAGCUGAAGAAACACUUGGAUAAGGAGCAGAUGUCCACUGGUUUCUACUCAACUAAAUGGUUCCUCCAGUGUUUCAUCGACAGGACACCCUUUACACUCACCCUGCGUCUAUGGGACAUCUACAUAUUAGAGGGAGAGAAAGUCCUCACCGCCAUGGCCUAUACUGUUCUCAAACUGCACAAAAAACACCUUCAGAAGAUGUCUCUAGAGGACCUCAGGGAGUUUCUGCAGGAGCGCAUUGCUUCCUCCUUCACCGUGAGUGAUGAUGUUGCCAUUGAUCAACUGCAGUCAUCUAUGUCCGAGCUUCGCAGGAUGAAACUCGAUCUCCCUUCUCCAGCCAAGGGAGAUGAGAUCCCAAAUAUACCUCUGGGCCAAGAGCGUCCAAUAGUGCUGGUUCCAGUCAUCCAAACUGAGUGUGUGUCCAUACCACCACCAGCCACAUACAACAAUCCAACCUCAACCAAACCACACACCGAGGACAUCACCACCCACAACCAGAGCAGCGAUACAGUUACCUCUUCCAUUAACCGUCCACCCUCCCCUCUACCAGAGCACACCCAAUCUUCCAACCCUUCAUUGUCACAGGUUACGCUUAAAGACACAACUACCACAUUGAAGAUUCAAGACAGUGCCCCUGAACAAAAACCAAAUCUUCUUCACUUCCCAGAACUUGAACAAGGGGAUACACUCUCUUUGAAAAAGGGACAUGUCAGUAGACCUGUCUCAGCGGUGUCUGAAGAGUGGCCUCCACCCUACCAGCCACCCAUAACCGAUUCUUCCAGUAUACACUCCUUUAAUCUCCCAGAGUUGCCACCUCCACCUCAUCCCUGCAUCGAACAAGAAGUUGAGGUUUUACCACUAGAGGGAGACAUCCGGUUCAAUCUUCCUCCACCACCACCACCAAAUACAGAACCUCUAGAUCUAAUCUUAGAAGAUCCAUCUUCAUCGCCCUCCUCAUAUCGAGCUCAUCGGCAGCUAAGCAAGUUUCCAGUCAACUUAUAUGUUCCUCCAUCCUCAAAUGACCGCCGACCUUUUAACACAUCCCAUUACGACAACAUCUGGGAGGCAGAAUGCCAGUCUGUGGAUAGACUGUUGGAGAUGGCCACCAUAUUGCCGCAAAACUCAGACUUGGGUGUCCAGAACCCCACCCUUCCCCUUCAUUCAGAGGACACCUUGUCUCUUACUCUACCGCCCCCAUCCAUGUUCUUCUACUCCCCAGACUCUUCACCCCUACCUCCUCCUCCAACCCAAUGCAUCGAGGAGUCCAACAGUCGGGCAACUCCAGACUGUGUUUUCCCCCAGCCACCAGACAGACCUUUCCUUGUACCUUCAGUCCCAUCCAAUUGCAUGCUUCUAAACCAGACUGUACAAGACAUGGGUCAAUCACGGCCCCCAAGGCUUCCGCCCAAAAAAUUACAACCCGCAAGGCUUUCUCCUGUAAACUCGGAUUCAGACUUCUACCGAAUGCAUGUUCCAAGUCAUUAGUUG